AUGCCCCCUCCAAAGAAAUAUACAAGUACAAUCAUCCCACCCCCAGGCUCACAACCCCUCACUCUUCCAACCCCUCAAACCCCAUCCCCGCCAACAAACCCGCCAUUCUUCAACGACGCCCUCUCAGUCCGCCUCGAGGUGUUCGUCGACGAGCAAAAAUGCCCCGCCGAAUUCGAGAUUGACGACGACGACGCUCGGUCCUGGCAAUGGGUUCUCUACCAUUCAAACCCUGAAUCUGGAUCUGGAUCUGAAGAAAAGGUCGUACCCGUCGGGGUAGUUCGCCUCGUCCCACCACCGCAUGCAUCUCACGAAGGGUUCGUCGCUGCAUUUGCACCCGCAGAUGCAAAUACAGAUGCAGAUACAGCAGCGCGAGACGUCACGGCAGCCGGGUACGACCUAGACCACGAGCCGUACAUCAAGUUCGGGCGUGUGGCCGUGGUAUCCUCGCACCGGGGCAAUGGGCUUGCAAGGCAAUUGAUGGAGACGGCGAUGGGGUGGGCGGAGGAGAAUGCGGGGGCGAUUACGGCGGCGUUUGAGGGUGUUUUUAACAGAGAGCGAGAAAGGUUGGGGCUUACGCCGGAGAGGGCUCCUGGGUGGAAGGGCUUGGCUUUGGUUCAUGCGCAGGUUGAGGUGGAGGGGUUGUAUAAGCGGUUGGGGUUUGUGACGGACGAGGAUUUGGGGAGGUGGGUGGAGGAAGGCAUUGAGCAUGUUGGAAUGUGGAAGAGGUUGGAUGUUAGGGGUUAG